AUGGCCGAGAAUGGCCUUCUCAGAAGAAUCUUCACAGCCGUGCAGAAGGUGCCUGAUGCCACGGCAUUGCUAUGGUACGACCCAUCGAGCGGCGUGCACAGGGCAAAACGCUACCAGAGCUACAAGGAGGUCUGGACGGUGGCAUCGCAGGCCGCCGCGGUGCUCCGAUCACUCUCGCACGAGACGGAGACCGAGAAGACCGCUUUGGCGGAUGUCUCCGUGCGAGUCGGCCUUAUGCUCGCAGGCGGACCGGCUCUUCCGGUGCUCGAGCUCGCGGUGCUGCUGGCGGGCUUCGCUUUGGUGCCGCUGGAUGCAGAAGAGCCACUGCCUCGUCUGCAGUUCAUCAUGGAGGAUGCCGGACCGCUGCUUGCUUUAGUCGUGGCCGAGCCUCAAGUUGAGAAAGCCCAGAUGCUGCUGCAGAAUGGUUCUGGAGGAACAAAGCUUCUCCGAGAUUCCGAGCUUUUGCGAAGCGAGGUGGCUGAGGCAUCUGACUGUCGACCGCCAGCUGACUUCGCUGAAGAGCAGAUAUCUCACAUCUUCUUCACUUCGGGAAGUACUGGACGUCCUAAAGGUUGUAUGUGCAGCUUCCACAACCUGGUCACAUAUUGCUUGGCGAAGAAUACCAUCCACCAGGUCGAUAGUUCCAGCAUCGUCUUGGUCGCCAGUGCGCACACCUUCGACCCGUCUCUGGGCGACUUCUUCGCCACGUGGCUGGCGGGGGCCACCGUGGCCUUGGCACCACGGGCGGUGCUUUCGGCAGCGCUCGGAAGCUGCCUGAGCAGCACCGAGGCGAGCCACCUUCAAACCACUCCUGGGCAUUUUGCCACCAUGGAGGCGGGAGCUGCUCCUCACUUGCGAGUGGUCGCCUUAGGAGGCGAGCUGAUGCCGCAGCCCCUCCUUGCUUGGGCUGCUGACGUCCGUCUGCUCAACACAUAUGGUGUCACGGAGUGCACAGUUUAUCAGGCAGCCGCAGUGCUCUCGCCACAGAGCAGCCCUCGCUUGCUGGGGUCCCCGCUCCCGGGCACACGGCUGCUGCUCGCAGCUGGCAGAGGCGACGAUCCGAAGACCUGCGUGGAGGACAGCAGCAAUGAACACGGCGAGCUGUGGAUCGCUGGUCCACAGGUCGGCCUGGGAUAUGUGAGGCGCCCGGAUCUGACGUCGGAGCGGUUCCGCGACUUCCCGGGCCUUGGCCGCUGCUUCCGAAGUGGUGACCUGGCUGCAGCCCGAGAUGGGGGCUGGCAGCUGCUGGGACGCCGCGACGGUAUGGUGAAACUGCGCGGUCGCCGGGUGGAGCUGGGAGAGGUGGAGGAAGUGUUACUGGCAGCAGCGCCCGAGGUCAUUUCCGCGGCGGCUGCUGUCCUGGCGCAUCCGGGUCCUCGACUUGUUUUGUACUGUGUGCUGCAAGGACAGCAGCCGGCAGACUGCGAAGAAGUGUCCUGUGCACUGCUGCGACGUUUGGGCGAAGAUCGUCUGCCACCUCACAUGGUCCCAAGUGCUAUAAUUGCGGUGGCAUCGCUCCCUAUGACUGGUACCGGGAAGGUCUCACGCAGAGACUUGGCACAAAGGGCCCUCCCCGAGGACCCAGAAGGUCAAGCAGACCUAUCUGGGGCCGCAGGAAGCAUAGCUGCCGCCUGGAGCGAGGUGCUCGGAGUCCCUGUUCGAAGCCGCAGGGCGCACUUCCUGGCUUUGGGAGGGGACUCCUUGGCCGCGCUGCGCGUGUGCCAACGCUUGGCCAAGAGGAGUGCAAAAGAGGUGGGCUCCUUCGGCGAGCUCUUGCCGGAGCCUCUGCUGCCAGCGCACCUCCUCAGCAGACCGUACUUGGCGGACUACCUGCUACAUCUUCAGCGGUCGGCACUGGGAGCAGAUUUCAAGGACACUGGCUCGGUGUCUGAGACCUCGGAGGCCUUGCAGGCUGCCGACCAGAUUGCCACGGGCCAGGCCUCGUACCAAGAAAUCCUGCAGCAAGCAGCUGGUGUCGGGGCACUUCGCGCAGUUCGAAACAUCCUCCGCCAGAGUGACGUUUCUGAGCUGGCUGCAUGUAUGAGCACACCUCUGCACGCAGCGUGCGUGAAUGGCCGCGAUGAGGUGGUCCCGUUGCUGCUGGAAGCCCGAGUCUCCCCGACGUCUGCUGACAGAAACGGCGUCCAGCCGAUUCACUUGGCCGCGCAAGGAGGGUCCGAGCAAGUACUUACUCUGCUGAUCACAGCAAGGGCCAAGCUCGAUGCCACAAGCGCCGAGAAGCAGACCGUGCUCCACUUCGCGGCGAGAUCUGGUGCUCCCGGAGCUGUUCUGAACCUUCUCAUGGCAGAGCCGCUCACGAGAAAGACGCGCGGCGCCAGAGCCUCCGGAGUCUCCGGCCUGAAGAUCGACGCGAAGGAUGGCUGGGGCAGGUCCGCUCUGCACUGGGCCGUGGUGAAUGGUCACCGCACCGUCGUUCUGAAGCUUCUGGAAGCAGGUGCCGACCGAAAUCUGAGAGAUGCAGCAGGUGAGACGCCUCUGCUGAUUGCCGAGCGCAGGGCACAGUGCAGGGCGCAAGACCGACCUGGAGACAUGGGUGCCUCCGUCUUCGGAGACAUCGCUACGCUGCUGGGCGGCUCGGCGAGCACGGCAAAGGCAGAGGCAGCAUCGGAAAACCAAAGGGCUUGGCCGAGUGCAAGCAGAACAUGCAGCGCAGGUAGGCGGCAAAUGACCCUCUGUGUGUAUGGCGAGAGUGCAGUGGAAUCAAGGUAUCGUCUUUUUUAG